CAGUGACAGUAGUCAAAGGCCUCGUGCACUUUUAAGAUUCGCGUGCGACUUUAAAACGCAGAAAGUCUUCCAGAACGUUUCAUCGGAGUGGUUUAGAAAUCAAGAGAAUUCUCCUAAAUAGUCCGUUCCGAAGCUUUGGCAAUCCUGACAGUGCGAUUAACAAGAUUCUAAUAUAACUGUAUUGAAGGUCAUCUCGAAAAUGCCUCGAUCAUUUCUUGUUAAACUGAAAAAGAGUAGUCCAAGCGGUUUUUGCUGGGAUGAAGGUGAGUCUAAAUUUUGCAAAGGUGAUUUCAAGCGCACUAAGAGGGAAUUUGAAUGCAGCGAUUUUUUUUCUCAGUUCUGAAGAGAUUUCCUUCCAAACCGAACCUUGAAACGUUUAGGUUUCUCUGAUUCAAAAUUGCCACACCUCAUUAAAUAUUCAUCACCAGGCAAAUAGAGACAGCAAAAUCUAAAACUGCUCUUUCGCUCCGAUUACUCAGCAGGUUGUGAUGUGCCGACGGCUCCGCCUAACGUUUGGGAACCAAUCCGCGUUGAAAUCGAGCCAGCACAGAUUUUUCAGCCGAUCAAGUUGGACCUCGCUACUCUCGACCCAGAAAUUUUAACUGAAAAAGGGCAGCUGAAACCCAAGGCAAGAUUUUUCAGUCCAUUCACUUUAAGUUCCUUUCAUCUUAAUGCUGAACAUCGUGGUAUCGGAGUUGGCAAGCCGUUGUACACAAAGGAUGAACCGUGCUCUUUCGACUCAAGAAACACAAGUCCUCUAAGCCUAGACGGUGCCCUUGUACCAUCGCCGACUCGAAGCGACGAUGGCUACCCAAGCGCGGGAAUCUUUAUUCCCGGAAGUGGUUUUCUAGGAAUAGAGAACACCAAACCUCCUUCUCUUCCUGCGGUCAGCUCUACCUCUAAUGCUGUUGGCCGAAAACGUCGUAAUGGCACUCCGAAGACCUUUACCUGCGAAGUUUGCGGCAAAGUUUUCAACGCACAUUACAAUUUGACCCGACACAUGCCAGUGCAUACCGGCGCCCGUCCAUUUAAGUGUAAAAUCUGCGGGAAGGGAUUCAGACAAGCGAGUACUUUAUGCCGCCAUAAGAUCAUCCACACAAAGGAGAAGCCACACAAGUGCAACAUCUGUGGCAAGGCAUUUAACAGAUCUUCCACGUUAAACACUCACAUCCGCAUCCACGCUGGUUACAAGCCGUUUGUGUGCGAUAUUUGCGGCAAGGGUUUUCAUCAAAAGGGCAAUUAUAAAAAUCACAGACUCACUCACACUGGGGAGAAGCCCUUCAAGUGCCACAUCUGCGGCAAGGCUUUCCAUCAAGUGUACAAUCUCACUUUCCACAUGCACACGCAUAAUGACAAGAAGCCAUUUACAUGCAAGGAAUGCGGCAAGGGAUUCUGCCGGAAUUUUGACCUUAAAAAACAUAUCCGCAAAUUACACGAGAACAAAGAGCAACGUGACAGAGUUGAACAAUAAACCACGCGUCCUCUGUUGUGUUGUUCAAAUCGCGAAGAAAAGAAGCGGGUACUUCAUAACGCGUGUAAUUCAUUGACUUGCGUUAUGUACAAAGUCUCAAAGAGUUUUAUUAAAAGACUGGAACACAGUGACUUUUAACAAUAAUAGACUGUAAACCAAGAUAGUUAAAGGCCAUGUGAAUGAUAACCGGUGUUAUGCAUAACGGCGCACACGUGGAAGAACAAUAGAAAGUUGUAAGCUUUAAGUGAGAAUAUGUACAUUAGUGAACAAUACCUGUGAAUAUAUAAAUAUGUUAAAAUAUUGGUUUAUAUACGAAUUCAAGGCAACAUCGCUAUAAAAACGUUAACCUAAUCGUGUGUAAAUAAUAUGAUACAAUCAAGUUUGACUAAGC